AAUGUAUAAAAACAAAAAUUGAGUUAUGAAAUGAUAAAUAGGAGAAGGUCUCUCACUGCUAAAGCUUCGUUUAAAACAAGAUCUUUGCGAGCACGUUGUACUGAAAGACUAGACUGCUGUGUCAUCAUGGUAUCUGCCUCUGUUUUGUCGUUGUGUGUUGUUCUUUUGAUUGUUGCCGGCAGUUAUGCAGGACCACUGCAUGCAUCUUGCAAAGUGAAGUGGACAUUCAACCAGGCCUGUGAGGAUGUUCAGAAAACUGUUGUUUCACAGAUCAAUAAGAUGCAGGGGCCUGAUGGCUGCGAAGGUGGUGGGGAGAAAUGUCGUUACAAGUUGGUGAGCAAUGAAGGAAAUGUAGUGAAGGCCACACACACAACCCCUGUGAAGGAAUAUGUUGAUGAUCUGAGUUUCACUUUCGCCGGACAAGAUAAGACAUGCAGUUGUGAUGGUUACUCUACAUCAGAGACUUGGUAUGCUGUCCUCGAUUAUGGCACGAACUACUGCAAUCUUAAUAACCUCAUUACAGGUGCUGGUCUUAACAAAACAGCUGGAUACAAGGAGGAAACGUCUGAUUCCAUCUGCACACAAUACUCGUCCCACGAUUGUGACAAAUACUAGAGACCGCACUGCCAGCUGAUGUUUAUUUGCCACUUUUCUCAAGCAGACGUUUGAGACUUCUGAUUAGGUAUUGGCAAAUUGGCCAACUCUGGGAGGGGGGGGGGGGGCAUGUAGAUUACAGGUCUUCUCUGUACCCAAUAUCUGAGCGGAACUCCCAUGUUUUGGCUUGAGCUCAGUGGGAAAUGGAAAGAAGCUAUGCAAUAAAACAGUAAAAUAUGGUGCA